AUGGUAAAUGUGAAUGUGGAAGCAGGCCACAUACCUCAAGUCGAUACUGAUGGUGAGGAGAAGCAGCUGGAGAACGAAGAGAAGGAGGUGUUGGACUUGGGGGAUGACAAAGUGGCAGUACUGUUGGAGGACUUGGUGGAAAUGAAAGUACCCCAUGGGUCCGAAAGCAUCCUAACUCAUCUGACUUUGACCCCUGGAGAUGGAAGGACUGAGGAUGUUGAGGUGACUCGGCUUUCAGGUGAUUGUGUCUUUACAGAACAUCAUCAUUGGAAUCCUGACAUCGUUGAUUGUUUGUAUGACAUUACAAUGUAUGAUGGCAUCGACAAAUCCGCUGUGGUUUCCAUCAAAUGUUUCCUACCUUCCGAUGGACGAUUCAUUGUUGGUGGAGAUCCAAAGAGCCUGAGGUUCAGGGAAUCUGUAGGGAGUAUGCCUGCAGGAAUCGUGAAAAGCAUGUGGCAAUGGGAGAAGAACUAUCUACUGUUUUUGGUUCCUUUGACACAGAUUGGUCACAAACACGCCAAGGAGGUUCUGACAUUGUACUCCAAUAAAAAUGUGAAACUCUUGUACUUCGAAAAGGAUGCUAUCCGAAUGAACGCAUUCGAGAGUAAUUUUUCCUCCUGUAUCUUUGAUCCAUGGGAUGAAUACAGCAUAGACCAUACAGAGAUGGCACAUUAUGAGGAUACCUUGGAACCAGGGGAUGUAGUCAUCGCUGAUUGCUACCUGGAACAGUUUAAGGAGAAAGAAACAAAUCUCGAAAAAGUGGCUUUCAAGUUGAUUGGCAUCAGUCAUAUCUGUUCUGGAGAACCACCACGUUCGGAUGUGUCAAUGCUGGGAUGCUCACUGUCCAAAAAGAAAUCCUUAUUGGUACUUUAA